UCACUUCCCGUAGAAACCAGGCGGGGUCACGUGAUGUGAUAUUAGCUCGCUGACUCUGCUAUGUUUGUCGUUUAUGUUAAUGUUUUAGAAAUGCCACAAUUCUGGCUUUUAUCCGUUUAUUGUCGUCGACGGAGGCUCUACAGCUGUUCAGAGACCUGCUUUGGACGACGCGGCUCGAGAAGUUUCGCAGCGAAAACGGCCACUAUCGGCCUACAUGUCACGUGACCAGAAUGCGGCGGAGCGUUUGAUAAAAAGAUGGCGUGAGCGCGGAGGAGCCGCGAGGACAACAAACCCUGAACUGCUCAGAUCCCCUACCAGGAGCUGCAACGCCCGUACAGCUGGCCAGAUGGAUCCUGGACAGGAUUUACUCCUUGCUGCUUUAAGUGAAAGUGGAAUUUGCCCAAAUGACAUUGGCCUGUUAGAUGUUGAUUCUCAGGAUGUUACACAGCCUUCUACAACCCAGCAGUCCAUCUCCAUCAGUGCGCUGGAUGCUGGUGUGGGAACAGAAUCUGUGGAGGUUGUUCGAUCUGAGCUUGCAGCUGCAGUUCCCAUUGUUACAGUCCGACAGAAGCCUCAGCCAUCAGCCACCACAUUUGUCUUAAAUCAGCUGAAUCAGCUGCCAUCGCUGGGAGCUGCUGUGACCAAACAGACGGUUACAAAUCCAAUCAAGCAUACCAUAACUGUCACCAAGGUGGUCCAUGUGGCUAAUCCAGGACUGCGAGCUUCAUCAACCUCACUGGCUACAAACGUUCCUUCUUCAGUGUCCACUAUAGUGCCUUCUAGCAAAGAUCAGCAGAUUCAGUUGAAAGACAUGCUUCGGACCGGCAAUGUAAAAACCAGCGUUCUAAAAGGCAACAGCUUGAUGGAGCUCAUGAAGCUGAAGCCUCCUCCUGACAUCGCUCCUCCAGUGGCGACCGCAGCAGCCACGGGUUCAGGUGAAAUGAACAACGGGAUUAAAAAAGAGAUGCUGGGUAAAGAUGGCACCAGAAUCUGGAUUAAAGAUGACAUGAAGAUCCAAAACCUUUCUAAUGCACUGAAACCUCCGGGUCUAAGAGAAGAAGAUGAGCCAGAGGAGGAGGAGGAAGAUGAGCUGGGUCACGCAGAAACAUAUGCAGAGUACAUGCCGAUGAAAUUGAAAGUGGGCUUGAGGCAUCCCGAUCCUGUAGUGGAGACCAGUUCUCUGUCCAGCGUGAGCCCUCCUGAUGUGUGGUACCGGCUCUCCAUCCCAGAGGAAGCCAUUGAUCGCGGCUGCUUGUCUGCUCUGCAGCUGGAGGCCAUCACAUAUGCAGCCCAGCAACACGAGACAUUCCUCCCGAACUGCGAUCGAGCAGCCUACCUGAUCGGUGACGGGGCAGGUGUGGGGAAAGGCCGGACCAUCGCUGGGGUCAUUUAUGAGAAUUACCUUCUGGGCAGAAAGAGAUCGCUCUGGUUUAGUGUCUCUAACGAUUUAAAAUAUGACGCUGAACGGGAUUUAAGGGACAUUGGAGCCAAAAAUAUCCAAGUCCAUUCACUGAACAAGUUCAAAUAUGGCAAAAUCUCUUCCAAACACAACGGGAGUGUGAAGAAAGGUGUGAUCUUUGCCACCUACUCAUCCUUGAUAGGAGAGAGCCAGUCGGGGGGGAAGUACAAGACCAGAUUUCAUCAGCUUCUCCACUGGUGCGGAGAGGACUUUGAUGGGGUCAUCGUCUUUGACGAGUGUCACAAAGCCAAAAACGUGUGUCCCAUCGGGUCCUCCAAACCCACCAAAACUGGCCUUGCUGUGUUGGAGCUGCAGAACAAACUCCCUAAAGCUCGGGUUGUGUACGCCAGCGCCACGGGUGCCUCGGAGCCGCGGAACAUGGCGUACAUGAACCGGCUGGGAAUAUGGGGCCUUAAAACGCCGUUUAGAGAGUUUGGCAACUUUAUCCAGGCUGUGGAGCGCAGGGGUGUCGGCGCCAUGGAGAUCGUAGCUAUGGACAUGAAGCUAAGGGGCAUGUAUAUUGCACGACAGUUGAGUUUCACAGGCGUGACUUUCAAGAUUGACGAGGUUCCCUUAACGCAGCAGUACGUUAAAAUGUACAACAAGUCUGUGAAGCUGUGGGUGAGCGCCCGUGAGAAGUUCCAGCAGGCUGCAAACCUCAUGGAGGCCGAGCAGCGCAUGAAGAAAUCUAUGUGGGGUCAGUUCUGGUCGGCCCAUCAGAGGUUCUUCAAAUAUCUCUGCAUUGCUUCCAAAGUUCGCAGAGUGGUCCAGCUGGCCAGAGAGGAGGUCCAGAACGGAAAGUGUGUGGUGAUCGGCCUCCAGUCCACUGGUGAAGCACGAACGCUGGAGGCCUUGGAGGAAGGAGGAGGAGAACUCAACGACUUUGUGUCAACAGCAAAGGGCGUGCUGCAGUCCUUGAUCGAGAAGCACUUUCCAGCUCCAGACAGGCAGAAGCUCUACAGCCUGCUGGGCAUCGACCUCUCUGCAAAGAAGACGCCCUCCCCCAGUGACGCUGCACCACAGCCUGACCAGAAGGGAAAGAAAAGAAAAGGCUCAGAUCUCAAAAAGCAGCAGCAGAGGAAGAAGCCUCGCAAGCACGGCGGUCUUUCCGGUACAAGUUCAGAGGAGAGCGAGUCCGAGGAGUCGGGUAAAGACAGCGACGACAGCUUCAAAUCCGUCAGCUCAGCGGACGAAGACGAUGAUUUCAACCCGUUCAGAGACGAGUCCGACGACGACGAGGAAGACGACCCGUGGCUUAUCAGGAAGGAGCCAAAGAAAAAGAAGGACAAGAAAAAGAAGAGGAGGAGGAGAAGUGUUGAUCCUGAUUCCAUUCAGAGUGCCUUGUUAGCCUCCGGGCUGGGCUCCACCAGGCCUGGGUUCACAGCCUCCGUCAACACCCCCAGCACACCUGCCCCAGUCAAGACAGAGAGUCAGGACAGCUGUCUGACAAGUCAGGACUCGGUGGAACUCGCUCAGAAAAUGAAGAAAGAUCUACUGGAACAACUGGAGGAAUUAUCGGAACAUUUACCGCCCAACACUUUGGAUGAGCUAAUAGAUGAGCUGGGAGGGCCAGAAAAUGUGGCUGAGAUGACCGGCCGCAAAGGUCGUGUGGUCAGUAACGAUGACGGCACCAUCACCUAUGAAACUCGCUCUGAGCUGGACGUCCCAGUGGAAAUCCUUAAUCUGACAGAAAAGCAGAGAUUCAUGGAUGGUGAGAAGAACAUCGCCAUCAUCUCAGAGGCUGCCAGCUCAGGAAUAUCGCUGCAGGCCGAUCGACGAGUGAAGAACCAGCGGCGGAGAGUUCACAUGACGCUGGAGCUGCCGUGGAGCGCUGACAGAGCCAUUCAGCAGUUUGGGCGAACGCAUCGAUCAAACCAGGUCACAGCUCCAGAGUACGUGUUCCUCAUAUCAGAGCUCGCAGGAGAACAAAGAUUUGCAUCUAUUGUUGCCAAAAGGCUGGAGAGCCUGGGCGCUCUCACUCACGGAGACAGGCGGGCCACAGAAACGCGAGAUCUCAGCAGGUUCAACUUUGACAACAAAUAUGGCAGAAAUGCUCUGGAAAUUGUGAUGAAGUCUAUUGUGAAGCUGGAUGCGCCGCUGGUGUCUCCGCCCUCUGACUUCAGAGGGGAUUUCUUCAAAGAAAUCCAGGGCGGGUUGAUAGGAGUGGGCCUCAUAAAUGUGGAGGACAAAUGUGGCGUCCUGUCACUGGACAAAGACUACAACAACAUCGGGAAGUUCCUGAACCGUAUUUUGGGGAUGGAGGUCCAGCAGCAGAACGCCUUGUUCCAGUACUUUUCCGACACACUGGCAGCAGUGAUCCAGGAAGCCAAGAAGAACGGCAGAUAUGACAUGGGCAUCCUCGACCUCGGCUCUGGUGACGAGAAGGUGAAGAAAGUUGACUGCAGGAAAUUCCUAACGCCGGGAUACACCACAUCAGGACAUGUGGAACUCUACACUGUUGGUGUGGAGAGAGGAAUGUCUUGGGAAGAAGCCACGCAUGCCUGGGCAGAGCAGAACGGACCGGAUGAUGGCUUCUAUGUGCAGAUGAGGAACAACAGGAAAACAGCCAUUCUGGUCAAAGAGGUGAACACUAAGAAGAGGCUGUUCCUGGUGUACAGGCCCAACACCGGCAGACAAGUGAAACUGGAAACGUACGCAGACAUCAAGAAGAAGUUCAAAAAGGUGUUGUCAGAAGAUGCCAAGCAGCACUGGACGGACCAGUACAAGUCCUCAGCAAACAUCUGCUCUCACGCAUACUGGCGCGGGAACUGUAAGAAGGCUUCGGUGGGGCUCCAGUGUGAGGUGGGGCUCCGCUGCAGGACGUACUACGUUCUGUGUGGCUCAGUGCUCAGCGUGUGGAACGAGCUGGAAGAAGUGCUUUCCCCGGUCAGCGGAACCAACGUGAAGGUGCAGAUAGUCCGCCUCCGAACAGAAGAUGGACAGAGAAUAGUUGGGCUGAUCAUUCCAGCAAACUGCGUCUCUCCACUGAUUAACAAGCUCUCCACUUCGGACCAGAGCCAGCAGCUGGCUGUGCAGGAGCAGCAGAAGAGGCAGCAGCUUCACCCUCAAAGCCUCAGCCAUGCACCCAACACAUAGAUCGGGUGGUGUCUCCUCUCCUGUCCCGUCUCUGUCCCUGACCUGCAUGUCUCAGAGCCGCGGCUGCUCACCCUCCACCAAACCUCCCCGAAGCCUGAGGCGCCGAGCCGUGGUGACUGUUGGAUGCCAAACAGAGACUCCGAACAUCGCUGCUCGUACGCAGACACCCGGCAUUCAGCGCGAGCGUGUAGAUCUCCGCUGGUUAGUCCAGCUUUCUGGGUCCAAGCUAAUGGUGGAAGAACCAGAGGAGCUUCUUUGGCUGAAGUAAAGUCCUGUGUUGAUGUUUGACUCAUGGCAUCUGUCACUAGGAAAUACAGGAUUAAUCGUUCGAAAUAUUCCAACAUUCUGUUCAUAAUCAGAUCAAAGCACCGUCGGUAUUCCAAACAGUUACAUCUGUCCAGUUAAUUUGGUUUUGUUUCACACACGGGUCUGAAGAUCAUCACCUGCUGGUUUUGUUUUGUUUCUCAAUCCCAACACAAGCAGCCAGAGCGGGUCCAGAAUGCCUUUGUGUUAGUAGAGCAGUCAGGAGCCCGGUGAAGCCCUGAAGAUGUUCGUCACACACGUCUGCGGGGAAGACCAACUCAAGUGAUGCAGAAGGGAUUCGCUGCAGCAGUGGCUCGGUUUAUUAUUGAUAGGAGAUGUGGCAGCAUGUAAUGAGUUUGAAGCUUAAUGUUUGCUAAAAAGGAUUUUCUUUGUCCAGAUUUUGUAUAUUUCUAGUUUUCUGUUGUAGAUAUUUUCUUCCACUAGAUGCUCAAAAGGAAAAGCUGCAGGUUUUUGACAAUUCAGUUAAAACUCAUUAUGAGGUCUGUGUUAUAAAUCCGUUAAAUGUUAUUUAACAUUCUAAUAACCGCUGAUUUUGUGUUGCUGCACUCCCGGUCUUUCCAAAAGAUGCCCCCCCUCCCCCAUUUGACCCGAGUUUGAGUUUAUAGCAGUUGGAUUUUCAUUCAUGUAGUUGAUGAAAUGAUCUUUAUUUGCUUCCAGAGCAGUCUGACCUGACGGCUUCACACCGUUUUUGUUGAGUCUGCUCAGGGGAGGCGCUCGUACCCAGAGCUCCAAAAAGCAUGACCAGAGUCUUCAGUUUCAGUGAUGUUUCGCUGCGUUCAGCUGGACUUGCAGCUUGUUUUCUGUGUACAUAUUUCAAACGGGUGUCUCCUUUCUUUAGGUCCUGUUGUAAUUAAAUCUUUCUGUGGUAAAGUGUGACCCUUUUGCCCCCUCACUUCUACAUCUCACUAGGUCUGAAGACUGGCUGUUAAACUCAGGAUGCGUUUUUGUGGGGCAGGUUUCUCGAACAUACCCCGAUCCUCUGGAUUAGCUGGCGGUGGGUCUGCAUCCACGUCUGCUUGACCGACGAUGCAUUUAAAAACAGACCUUUGUAUUAUUUGUACAGUUUGGAAUUCUUCACACGGUGGAUCUCAGUCUCUGGAAAGCACUGGGGGAGCUGCUCCUGAAUCGCAGCUUACGUUUUAACUUGAUUGUGCACCUUUUAAAAGCGGACGCCUCGCGCUUUUGUCAUGUACACGAACUGCAGUGUGUGCAGGUUGUUUUUGAAUGCUGUUGUAAGGGGAAGGGUCGCUUAAGAUUCUCUGGAAACAUCAGAAGGACUUUCUCCCACCUAAAUCAUCGCUGGAGUUGCACUAGUGACAAGACUUGUACUGACUCACCAGUACCUGUGCAAGAAGGAGUGCAUUCUCAAUAAACCCUGUUGGUUUUUGUACAAACUAGAAAAUAAACACCAAAUAUAAAACAUUA